AUGAAGCGUCGCGUGACGAUCGUGUACAAUCCGGUGCAGCCGGGCACUCGUCACCAACCGCAUCAUCAUCAUCAUCAUCCCGCAACCCUGCAUCAGCAACCACCACCGGCGGGGACGUUCCCAUCCGGUGGCAUCCACUCGACAACAUUAGCAUCCUCCUCAUCAACGUCAGGUUCCGCAUCCCAGCACAUGAUCAGCACCCUCUGUCUGUCCUGCAUGGCGACCUCGCCCAAUCCCUCGUCCGCCUACCGCUACACGUCCUCCUCCACCCCAUCCUCAUCAGCGUCCUUUCCGUGCCAACGGUGCUGCUCGAUAUCAUCCAUUUUGAAAUCGUCGCCGGCGUCAUCACCAACGCCGUUGAGUGCCUCAGAAAAAGCAGCACAGAUAGAAGAUGCUCUUAAUAAUAACCACCACCAUCAACAUCAUAACCACCAUCAUCAUCAGCAGCAGCAGCAGCACCAAACCCACCAGCAUCACAAACCAUCGACGGACGGAUGUUGUGCGGGCACGACCGAAUGCACCGCCCAGCGACAUCCGGCGAAACCGUCGGCAUCGCCCGAGGGCUGGUGCAUGUACCUGGCCGUCGGGCUAAUUGCGGCCCUGUGCUAUCUGAACGGCAUUCAGGGUGACUUCGUGCACGACGACAUACCCGCCAUCACGCUCAACAAGGAUGUGCUCGGGAUCGGGCCGGUAGCGCAGGUGUUCCGCAACGACUUCUGGGGCACGCCGAUGGCCGACCUAAGCAGCCAUAAAUCAUACCGUCCGCUGACCACGCUGACGUUUCGCCUCAACUAUCUGACCUUCGGCCUGCGAUCGGUAUGGUUUCAUGCGACAAACGUGGCCCUGCAUGCCGUCGCCACGAUGCUCUUCACCCGCGUCUGCCUAACGAUAGCGGGACUGCGGCGAAACUUUGCCAUACUGGCCGGCGUCCUGUUUGCAGUCCACCCAAUUCACUCCGAGGCGGUGACGGGCAUCGUGGGACGUGCCGAUGUGCUGGCGUGUAUAUUCUUCCUAAUUUCGCUGCUGGUUUACCACGGCCGUUCCCAUGAACCCACCAUGAACUCAAUUUGGCUCAGCAUUGUGCUCGGUGGGUUGAGCAUGUUGGCGAAGGAGACGGGCAUUACCGUGUUUCUGCUCAACGUCGCGUACGACACGUACCGGAACUGGCCAGCCCUAAAGCGCACCGUCCAGGAUAUGCGCUGGAGUGAAGAAACGCAUCAGUUCGGCCGUCGGGUGUCGCGCGUGCUGCUCUCGAUGGGUGUCCUGCUGGCGGUACGGUUAGCCCUGCUGCAGGGUUCGUUACCACGGUUUUCGCAGCAGGACAACCCGACCGCCUUCCAUCCGAACCUUUACGUGCGUUUGCUUACGUUCUGCUACCUGGCCGCCUUCAACUGGUGGCUGCUGCUGUGUCCUGCCACGCUCAGCCACGACUGGCAGAUGGGUUCGAUACCGCUCGUUACCACGGCUAGUGAUCCUCGAAAUUUGCUCACGUUUAUUGCGUUUGGGGCGGUGCUGCUGUUUGCUUGCCGCGGGCUUAUGGAUUGCGAGCAUCAACGUCACGUGCCGGUGGUAUUAGGGUUUCUAUUAUUAGUGCUACCGUUUCUACCCGCCACAAACCUAGUUGUAACGGUGGGCUUCGUCGUCGCCGAGCGAGUUCUCUACAUUCCAAGCAUGGGCUGCCUGAUUCUGGUGGUGUACGGUGCCCAGCGACUCUGGGAACGUUCGGACCGUCUGCGUAGACCAAUGCUGCUGCUUACCAUCGUACUGCUGGCGGCCGGCUGUCUCAAAACCAUCGCCCGGAACCAGGACUGGAGUUCGCGUGAAGCAUUGCUGCGCUCGGGCCUUAAAACGUUACCGCACAACGCCAAAAUGCACUACAAUUUCGGCAAUUUCCUGCGGGACUCGUCGCAACCCGAACCGGCGAUCGCUCAUUACCGGGAAGCGCUGCGGCUGUGGCCAACGUACGCGAGCGCACACAACAACAUCGGCACGCUCAUGCCGCAGUUCGCCACGGCCGAGUAUCACUUCCGGGAGGCUAUCAAAUAUGCAUCCGAGCACAUUAACGCGCACUACAAUCUAGGCCAAUUAUACAGAAAAUCGAACCGAACGACCGAUGCCAUCCGGAUGCUGGAACGCUGCAUUCAGCUGGAACCACUCUUUACCGCGGCUUACCUGGAGCUGGUGAAGCUGUACGGCGGACAACCGGCUGCUGCUGGGCGGCUGCUUGCACGGGUUGUACGGCUCAACCCCUACAAUGCGGACCUCCGCCGACAGUACGGCGACUGGCUGAUGGAGCAAAAUAUGCUGCUGGAAGCGUUCAAACAAUACCAGGAAGGGAUCAAAAUAAUGGAAACUCAUCAAUUAUCCGUGAUUGGAGCCUGUCGCUGUCUACGCAAAAUGGGACAACAGUCGCGAUUACAUCAAAUGGUGCUGAGAUGGCAAUUUAUAGUUCGCUUAUCGAACGGCGGCAUUCCGAUACAGAACGAUAUCUAUCUCCGUGAUUGGAGCAUAAAGCACGAGCUUCGCAACCGGGCGAUGAUAUACGACAGUGGAAGUAGCAGCAGCAGCACUACCAGUGGAUCCACCACCAGCAGCAGUAUUGUGAAGGGCAACAAUGCCCCCAUCGCUAGUCGGGAUGCCGAGAGCAUAAAAGAUUGCUCUAACUCGCAUCCCAGCAAACGUACAGAACCACGACCACAGCCGGAACCGGCCGAAAUUAGCAUACGAAUUCUGCGUACACCACACUGCAACCGGUCGGAACAUCUUCCAAACUCGCUGAAAGCCUGCAAACUAGCGACGGCAUCCUCAACGGCAUCCCCACCCGAACCCACCACCCGUAACUCUGCCACCACCUCGCACACGGGGAAAGGUAGUGGAAAAUCGAAAAAAUGGUCCAAAGUGCGCCACAAACCGAAACGGCAGCAACCGGCAGGAACUGGGCUCGAUCCCAACGGUGCUCUUGCACCGCUGCUCGUGUCGAACAGCCUGCUCGAUAAGCUGUAA